AUAGGAACGUUGAUAUCGUUCUUAUAACAUAAUGUCAGAAGAUGAACACCUAGGGGAUAUUCCUGGAUUAACGCUUUUCUUAUCAUUGAUGUGCAUAUUUGCUGUAUGUUUAAACAUUUUAUUAGUCACAGGCAUACUGUUAACCAAAAAACAACAAUAUUCUUCAGUGGAACUGUUCAUCGUCAACUUGUGUAUAAGUGAUAUUCUUCUUGCUGGAGUUGCUGUUCCAGUAAGGAUAAACAACGCAUCUCAUAAAGGGGAAAGUUUUGUUGGAGGUGAUGCAGUCUGCAAGCUGGUAAUGUUUCUUCCCCUCCUUACAGUAUCGUCAUCGAUCUAUACAAUGGUUGCCAUUGCUGUUGAUAGAUACAAAGAAAUACUAAAAUUAGAGAAGUUGACUACAAAGAGAGCAUCAAACAUCGUUCUCGGAACAUGGAUUUGGAGUCUCGUUAUCAGUUCACCACAGCUAUACGAAUACAGCACCUACCGAAAAGAAGAAGAUGAUUACAAUAUUACAUCAUGCGGAGCACAUGGCAUUGUUGAAAAUUUUGAAACACUGUACGCAUGCGUUGCUAUUGUGCUUUCGUACGCUGUACCCUUGAUAAUAAUCACAAUCUGUUAUUUUAAGAUAAUGCGCUACGUCUGGAAAGUCGGAAAAACUUCAUCUGAAAACGACAAACAAGCUCUAAAGAGAAUGAAGGUUGUCAGAAUUCUUCUACUGAUAACAAUUGUAUUCGUCAUUUUGUGGUCACCAUUUUUCGUUUUGUUUGGGAUGGAGGAAAUACUUGGUUUAGAUGAUACACUUCACACAGCAUCAUGGACACAGGUGGCCAAGAAAGUGCUGGUUGUUAUGAGUACGAUGUCUAAUCCAAUCAUCUACUUCGCCUCAAACUCAAAAUUUAGAAGACAAAUCUUGAAAUUUCUGACAUGCGGAAAAGUGCAGUUAAGUGGAGUUAGUCCUGAAGCCGUAGACGAAACAUCUUAAGUAUAGAAGUAUCAGAACAGUUAUUCUUCAAGAUAUUUUUUAAUUUGUUUUUUAACGUUGUUUGUGGGGGUUUUUUCGUCUCUUAUUGCGUUUCCGAAUCUAUUACUUAUUGUCUAUUCUGUGUAUGUUUUACUGUGAGUCGUCCUUUUCUCUCUACUGGUCAUGAUUUUGUCUGCCUUUCGUCGAAAAUAUAGAUUUUCCUUUUGUUUUUUUACUUUUUGUUUUUUUUAAAAAGCGGCAGAUACCAAUAGACAAUAAAAAUUCAUAGGUCGAAGAGAUGUCGAAGAGACAUCGGCAAAACUAUGGCAAAAUAGUCGAUGAUAAGAAAAACAACAGUCUAUAUAAAAAACCAAGAAAUCCUUCCUUUUUUAAAUGCUUUGAAUACAAUUUUCUUUUCAGCGAUCAAUUAAUAGUUAUCAAAGGUACCAGGCUUAUAAUUUGAUACGCCAGACGCGCGUUUCAUUUACAAAAGACUCAUGAGUGUCGCUCUGAUCAAAAUACUAAGAAAGUCAAUAAAUAAAGUCAAAGGUAAAAUUUUAUUUUAUGGUAUACUUGUAACUGAAUAUGGAAAUAAAUUGCAUUAACCCAAACAACAAGGCUAUAUGACACUACUUGACACCGGCGUUUUGCAUUUGCGCCGAUCUGCAUUUCAUUUGCGCCGAUUUUUUCUUUCAUUUGCGCGGAUUUUUCUUUUCAUUUGCGCCGAUUUUUUUACAGGUAAAUAACAGGUAAAAUACAGGUGAAAUGAUAUAAGAAGAUGUGGUAUGAGUGCCACUAUGAUGAGACAACUCUCCAUCCCAGUAAUGUUAUUUUCAUUUAUCAUUAAAGACCUCUUUCGUCAGCCAGUUGUACAUAUGUUAUGAUCUGUCAAUCAUAACAUGUAUAUAACUGUUGUCUCCUGUUUCAAAUCAAGAAGUAAAAACUUAAGAUAAAAGCACUUUGUUUAUACUAAAAUGACGAAUUAAAAAAUAUAUGUACAGCAUUCAAAUCAAUAAAAACGGAAAACAUUCAAAUCAUAAAUCUGUUUUUGCCGAGUAUGUAUAGUAGGCAACACAUCUAACAUAUUCCUUUCUUAUAUGAUUUCGUCUCUUUUAUAUUUGGCGUAAUUGUCAAUAAAGAGGCCAUCUUUUCUUUGUCUGGCAUACGUACUGGUUGUGGCAUUUCUAGAGUUCGCAUUUUCUCACAAGGGAGCUAUUAAACCAAGAGUUCCACAUGGUGAAGUUGAAAGCAUCUCUUAGUUAAUUUUAUGGACGCCAUCACAAAUUGGUUGACCGUUAUGGAAUGUGUACUUGUACGUUGUCAUCAGAAGGAGCAGAGCGUCAGACAAUGUCAAAAGUGAAGAAGUCAUCGAUUUCAUUUAGGGAAAGGAAUGGUUACCCGAAACAUUGGGAUAGCCAUUUACCAAUUGCAAUGUCACUUGAUUUGUCUUUAUACUCUGUGCUAGGCCAAUUAAAAGUAUGAACUUACCUGUAAAUCCAAUUAGGAAAAAAUAUAAAAUCGGUGCAAAUGAAAAAAUGAAAUUGGCGCAAAUGAAAGAAUGAAAAUUUUCAAAAUCGGCGCAAAUGUCAUACGCCCCUUGACACCUUCAUGACAUCAACAAGAUGUAAUUAAUAAAUAUAGAAUGAUAACAUAUAUACCAACUUGAUGAUUUGUCAAAUUUCUGACAAAGGGUAAAAUUAAGAUAUCUUUAUUUAUCGAGUAACAUAAUGACAAACCUAAUCACGAUUUAUAUACAUUUAUUGAAAUUUACCUGUGACGUAACUUUUUGUGGCGUUGAUACAUUCGUAUGACGCACAGUUUGUAAUUCUUUUAUGCUGUGUUUGUGUACUGAUCGACCUAAAUUAAUUUAAGGCAUUCGUGUAAAACUGUUGUAAACAUGUCGAAAUGUACUAUUAUAUUAUUUAUAUAUGUAUUUUUCUGUCCCGGUUGUUCUUGUGUUUAUUUGUACUGUACUACUGCCAUGUAAUGUUGUCAUUUUAGCUGUAUAUUUAAAAAGUAAAAUCACAAAAAUACUGAACUUAAAGGAAAAUCAAUUCGGGAAAUCCAUAACCAUAAUCAAUAACAAAACGCAUCAAAAACGAAUGGACAAGAACUGUCAUAUUCCUGACUUGGUACAGGCAUUUUUAAAUGUAGAAAAUGGUGGAUCAUAUUAACAUUGCCUUAAAAUGCGAGGUUUGGCUAGCCCCAAAACCACGUUCAAACCAAUUUUCUUAAAAUGUCCUGUACCAAGUCAGGAAUAUGGCAGUUGUUAUAUGAAAGUUCAUUUCUAUGUAUGUUUUAUUGUCGUUUGUUUUUGUUGCACUUCAGUGUUUCUGUUGUUUCGUUGUUUUCCUCGUAAAGUUGAUGUAUUUUCCUCAACCCGGAUUUGAUGUCUCUAAAUCGGUUUAUGACUUUUGAACAGCGAUAAACUACUGUCCUCUACAUAUCUAUAUUCUUAAUCAUUGCUGUUUGAAAUAUCAUAAUAAUACCUUCAUAUAACUACAUGUCCAUCUCUGUAAUUGUUUUUGGUACCUAUAUACGUGAUAUUAAGGUAUGUAGGUAAUUUUGUGUUGAAUAUAUAACAUGUAGAUGUAAAUAAUAACCCAUUGUUAA